CGCCGCUUGCGUCGGUGGGUCGGGCGCGACAUGGCGGCGGCGGCCGCGGCCGCCCUCUGCUCGUCCCGCUGCGUGCUGCGCCCGGGCUUGGCGCCGCUGAGGAGGUGGCGCAGCCUCGCUCGCCCCCUGCCCCGGGCCGCCUACAGCACCAGCAGCUCCCCUCGCAGCGCCGCCAGUGAUGAAGCAACCAUUAUCUCAGGGACAAAGCUUGCUAACCAGGUUCUGAAAGAAGUUCAAAAGGAUGUGGAAUCCUGGGUAUCCCUUGGAAACAAGAGACCUCACCUGACUGUCAUACUAGUAGGAGACAACCCAGCCAGUCACAUCUAUGUCAGAAACAAGAUGAAAGCAGCUGCAGCUGUAGGCAUUUCUAGUGAGAUCAUACUGAGGCCUAAGGACAUUUCUCAGGAAGAGCUCUUGGAUGUGACAGUAAAACUCAAUAAGGAUUCAACAGUUAGUGGUUUAUUAGUUCAGCUACCUCUCCCAGGUCACAUCGACGAGCGCACCGUCUGCAACGCCAUCGCGCCCGGCAAGGACGUGGACGGCUUCCACAUCAUGAACAUCGGCCGCCUGUGCCUGGACCAGCCCUCCAUCAUCCCUGCCACUGCUGCUGCUGUCUGGGAGAUCAUCCAGCGGACUGGAAUACAAACCUUCGGAAAAAACGUUGUGGUAGUUGGGAGAUCUAAGAACGUUGGAAUGCCUAUUUCAAUGCUUUUGCACACUGAUGGAGAGCAUGAAAGGCCUGGAGGCGAUGCUACGGUGACCAUCACUCACAGAUACACCCCGAAGGAGCAGCUCAAGAUCCUCACACAGCUGGCUGACAUUGUCAUAGUGGCUGCAGGUAUCCCAAAGCUGAUUACAACUGAUAUGGUCAAAGAAGGUGCAGCUGUGAUCGAUGUAGGCAUCAACCAUAUCCAUGAUCCUCUUACAGGAAAGACCAAAUUAGUUGGGGACGUGGACUUCGAAGAAGUGAAGAAGAAGGCUGGCUUUAUCACCCCAGUGCCGGGAGGGGUAGGACCUAUGACUGUGGCCAUGCUUCUGAAGAACACUCUCCUGGUGGCUAAAAAGCUCCUUUACUAGAGCCCCUGGGCUGCCUGGGAAGAGGAAUCCAAGCUGUUGUAUUUAUUGACACACCAAAUAUUUAUUUUUUACUACAAAGAUUAUUUAUUUCUACAUUGUAUUUAUUUUUUCAUGUGGAGUACACUGAACCUGAUGCUUUACAAGCUGUUAAGAUACUUUGUGUAACCUCCUACGGACUUCUGUGAGCAAAGCUCAACGGGAGAGCUGUGCAGGUACCUUGGUGGUGUGUGUGAAGUGCAGCCUGAAGCAUGAAUUACACACGUGCCUGUGUAUCUGGGGAGGGGAUGCAAUUACCAAGGGCUUUUAAGCACUUAAGACCCUCAUUUUUGAUCAAACAGUAUGAAAAUUCGAAGUUUCAACAGGCUAGAUACCCUUUAAAAAGAUGGUUUGGGUUCUGAGGUCAUGAAAUGCUCUAGGUGUAGUUUGGGGUCUUGAAAAUGCCUUUAUUUGUUUUUCAAGCACUUGGAGGCAGCAGCAGGUAUCUUGGAUCCAGAAGGGGUGCAAGGCUGCAAUAUCUGUUUUGACUGCAAGGCAGCAGUGCUGACAGGAAGGCAGAUCUGUGUGGAAGCAGUCAAGUGAAGCUGAGCACUGGUGACAUUCUGACUUUAAACAUACACAAGAGAGGUGACUAAAAUUGAGGGCAGAAUUCUUUCUUUUCUUUCUGUGUCUGGAUUUGUUUGACAAAAUGUUUUAGUGUGCAGUGCCCAGAGAGAAACCUGAACAGCUGGGUGGGCUGGAUGGGCAGCACUUGGACAGGAUGUAUUUAAAACUACUCUGUGUGUACAUGAUGUAUAGUGGGGGGAGAAGAGGGAGAGGAAAGCAAGAGUUUAUCCUGCUGAAAUCUUUUUGUGUUGGAAUUUUAAGCCAUUUAAUUAUUCUCUUCUUUUCUGAAACUGCAUGAAGAGGUCUUUUGGAGUCCAUGGUGUGAGGCUCAGCCCCGUGAAUCCUUGGCUGCCACCUUUUGCUGCUUAGAGGGGACCGUGUGGGAGAAUAUGAUGUUUCUGUUUCCUUAAAUGGUAGUUCCAGGAUGGAUCUGGAGUGGUUUCAUGCAGUGUAACAGCUGGAGUUACUGCUAAGAUGCCAGUUGAACUGAGAGUGUGCACUAUGGACACAAAGAGCCUACCCACUUCCCUCUGGUGUCCAGUGGGAGCCAGUUUGGACUCUUCGUGGGUUUAUCUCAGUUGGGGUGACUGUGAUUUCUUUUCAUCUAGAGCCUUAGGGGUUUGCCAGCAGGACUGAAAGGAGAAGAAAAACCAAAUUGUGGCUAAAUACUACUGCUGUUAAACAAAGAAUGUGCUUGCUGUAAUAAAAGAAAUGAGAUGGCCUAUCACUGAUGUGUUGAUUGUUCUUCUGCUGGACUUCCUGAGAGCUUGGUCCGAGACCAAGAGAGGCUGACAGAAUCUUUGCUGAGUAUUCAGUGCCAGUAGUACAAACACUUGUUGAAGGUGUAAAGGUCAGGAGGAUCAAGGUGCCUGUGGAGAACAUAUUUAGAUUGGUCAGCCCAUCACUGGCUAAGAUGGAACAAAACUUGGUCACUGUGAUGUUCAUCUUGGUGACAGGUUUCAAUGUGGUUCUGGCUGGUUUUUGUCAGUGUGCUAAGAUGGAGCAAAUGCAGCUCUGUUGCCUGUGCAGUCAUUUUAUUCAUGUUUG